GCUUCACCCUCCGCUCGCAGCCUCUCGCGAAUGUGAGUUCUGCCGAUGUUCAAAUAUUGAUGAAGCAGCUGGAUGUCCAGUCUGUCUCCCACACGAGCUCGACGCUGCAGCCCUCGUGCGCUUCUAACUGGAUUAAUUCAAAUCGUUCCGUCUUAUGUUUCAUGCAGAAGAGUCGCGAUCUGAAAGCGCUGCGCUGCGUUCGUAUCACUUCCUCGGUGCCUGAAAGAGAUGGCCAUCAACACGGACGCCGGUUUGGAGACAGGCAUCCUGGGCGAGAGCGGAGCGCCGCAGCCGGGCGAUUUUGGAGACACUCAGAAACUUCUUGGCGUCACAGCCACGGAGUCCAAAGAGGGUCUCGGGACUCCUGGGUCUCGGAGGGGCAGCGUGAGGUCCCUAAACGCGGAGCAGAAUGGACGGAGGUCACCGUUUAAAUCCGGAUCUUCGGGAAACAUCACUGUCCGAGCUCCAUCUCCGCUCAGUCUGAUCCGCGUGUCGUCCCCAGCGCUGACCCCAAACGCGCCCGAACCGCAGAGCUUCAUGUGGCUGGCAGUGCUGUCCUGCUUCUGUCCGGCCAUCCCCUUCAACAUGUUAGCGCUCUACUUUGCGCACGCGUCACGCUCCAUGAUCCAGACAAAUGACUUUGAGGGAGCAAAAAGACUGGGACGGCGCUCAAUGCUCUUCAGUAUUAUAGCCAUGCUGUUGGGUCUGGGUGUGAUUCUUUAUCUGGCCAUCACAGAGAGCUGAUAUUCUGUAGUGCAGAACUUCUUUUUAUCAUGGAGGAUCACAGAGGUCACGGUCUUCUGAGGAGAAACGAUAGUCCUCAAGAGCUUAAAGGAAAGGAAUCAGAUAACAUGCAGUAAAAAAUGAAAACAUCAUGCAUCAAAUUAUGUUGUGGACAGUGCGUACCAUUCAUUAUUAAUAUGGAUUUCCCAUGCAUGGUCUGCUCUGUUUAUGUUCUCUGAGGCAGCAGCGGAGUUUCUGGAUGGGAGGAAUUCAUUGUCUACUAUCACUGACCAUCAGUGUCAUCAGACUUUACUAUGUUACACUCAUACAGUGAAAUAAAUUUAAAAUGAAAUUUGCCAAUCAAGUUCAAAAUUAGCUAAGAUAGACCAUUUUGCACAAGUGCUCAACUGUGUGGAAGCAAAAACUGAUUAGUGUAAAAACUGAAUAGUAUUUAUGGACUUUAUAUGUGAACAUUUUAUUUCCCUUUAUGGUUUUAUACUUUAUAUUUUAUAUUUAAUUUCGCUCUUUUGUAACUACUUCUGCAUGGUGCAAUAAGCUGAAAAGAACAGCAAAAAUGAGAAACAAGAAUGAAAUAAUUCUGUGGACUAUUUUUCUUAAAACUGUAGCCUUUUUGAAAAGUGUCAAGGGAAAGAUUUUUUUGUCCUGUUAUUCUAUAUGUCCUGUGUGUUUGUCCAUGUGUAUGCACAGAAGGAACAGUUGGGUACUGCAGUGUUAAUGAAUUAUUUGAUUCUUCUGAAACUGUAGUGCAGUGGUGAAACUGAAGGGUCUGUGAGAUUAAUCUAUUUACAUAUUGUACAAACACAAAUAAUUAUCAUAAUAAUAUAUGAUUAUCUAUCUUUUAUUCAUUUAAUUCAUUGAUUGAAUUUAACCGAGUUGAAGCACUUGAUUUUUUUCAGCAGAGAAAAUCAUCCAUGAUGUGGUUUUACGAGAAUGCUGAAGAAAGGUGGCUGGUCUGCAUUCUGGGCAGAACAGUCAUGCACCAUUUAGGCAGUCCUUUUUAACAAGGAGCUGAGUGUUGAGUCCUUCAGUCAAGUUUUGAUUCACCAUUAUGUAUGCAAAUGCUAUGUUAAUGUUGUAUGCAGUGCCGGAUAGUUUGAAACGCAUGAAAGAUUUCGUGUAUGUUUCAUUUUCAUGCAUUGUGCAAAUGUGACCUGUGCUAACAAGGUGCCAUAUUAUCACACUCCUUGCAUGUCUUCUAUUAAACAUGCCUGGUUAA